CACACUUUGGACAAGUAUUCAUUUUUGGGUGACAUUCGGUUGCUACAACUUUGCAAAUUUAAUUUGCAAAUUGCGCCAAAAUAUGUUUCUGAAAAUCGCCUCCCUAUUUCUCGCCGGUUUCGUGGCGUCGUGUCGUUGUGACCAGUAUGGCGUAUCCAGCGAUGUGAACACCUUGAAAUUCUACUAUUUCCGGAAUGCGAAUGAAAAAGUUGAAAUCGUUUACGGAGAUACCAACUCCUUAAAGGCGUCAAAGCUGAAGAAAGGACGCCCCACGACGCUGCUUAUCGAUGGAUUCUUGUCAUCUUAUCCGUCCAACAUGUCCGUCACUUUGAUGGAAUCACUCGUGGGAGAAAAUUGGGGUAAAAGUCAAACCAACGUAAUCGUGCUCGACUGGGGGUCCAUGUCGGGGGGUCAUUCGCCCCUUUUGGCGGGGAAUUUGCCCUACGCGAUGUACGUCUUGGCGCCCAUCGUGGCAGCAAACGUUCCCCCCGUAGGCGUCCGAGUUGCCGAAUUUGUGGAAUUUCUUCGCGUUAAUAAGCGCAUCGAGAGGAAAAACGUCCACAUCAUUGGUCACAGUAUGGGAGCACAUAUCGCUGGGAAUGCGGGAAAAUAUUCUAACGUCGUUUACACCCCAAUCGGCCGUCUGACGGGUCUCGAUCCCGCCAACGCGGACACCUAUCCCACCUCUCUAGUUCUCUACAAAACAGACGCUGACCUUGUCGAUCUUUACCAUACGAAUCGUGGCGGUUUAGGAGAGGCGAGAACGGGAUCGGGCGAUUUGGAUGUGUACAUCAACGGGGGGAAUAAUCAACCUGGAUGCAAUUUUGUGGAGAUCGUCCCAGGAUAUUGCAGCCAUUCGUAUUCCUGGAAAUUUUAUGCGGCUACAAUUUCCGGCUUGAAAUUUGGCUGUCCAUGUUCAACUACGGAUCCUGCGGCAAGCCCGACAUGUUUCUGUAACCCUAGUUGCAACGAUUUUUGUUGGUGGAAGAUGGCAAGUUUCGGACAUUACGUGUUCCCAAGAACGACUGGGAGCUAUCACGUCACCGUUACGGAUACAUUCCAAUAAUUAUGGAUGAUCACGAUUUUAGUUAUUUAGUUGAAACCUCAAAAAAUUGGCAAUGUUACUUGAUUAAAAUUAAAUCGAAAUAAACUACUUAAACCUGCAAGCAAAA